ACAAUUAUUAUUAAGCAGAUUUCUUCCCCUCAACCCCGCAAGUCAAGUCACUCAAGUCAUUUUCCAUCGACGACGAACUUUGUAACUCGCGUCGCUCUGCGGGUUGAAGCAUAGUACAAACUGUGCAACAACAGCGUUUAUAUUUCGGAAGAACACCUUUACGUGGGUAAGACAGAUUUACUUGUAUCUAUCUAUGCUUGCUUUGUCUGCACGGCGUAUGAUGCUUUCCUAUAUGGAGUAGGGCAGUUCGUGAUUUAAUGAAAGGAGAGGUCUAGUGGCCUACUGCUUAAAUUAUAAAUUGAGCACCUUUCGAAUUCUUCCAUUAAAAUUUCAAAACCCCUGCUACUCCUGGACGCCCAACUGCAUCCUGAGGAGCGCCAGCCUAUCUUAUCUCGCGAGGUGCACAUCCGUGAAAAUGGCAGACCGCCAGCCCCUUGCUAGUACUAUCGCCAUAAUUGGGACCUGCGAUUCGAAGCUUGAUGAACUGCUAUUCCUUCGUGAUCGGAUAUUGGAACGCAAUCAGUGCAAAACAUUACUGAUUGACGUGGGACGAAACCCGUGUCAGCAUGAAUCAAUCGAUGUGAAGAAUACCGACCUUAUUAAUGCUACCACACCAUCUUCACAGGGAGGUAGAGGGACAGACAUUCUACCGCUCUCCAGAACGGAGUAUAUCAAGUACAUGAUAAAAUGUGCCAGCUCCUAUAUCCAAGGCCUGUAUUCUCGCGGGACGAUUCACGGAGCCGUCUCAAUUGGCGGUUCUUGCGGAACUUCUCUUGCAUCUGGUGCGAUGCGAAAUGCGUUACCAGUUGGGUUCCCCAAGUUGAUAGUUUCAACGAUGGCGAGCGGAGAUGUGAAGCCUUUCAUAGAGGAGACGGAUAUCACGAUGAUGUAUAGCGUCGUUGAUAUAGCAGGCACCAACUCGAUAUUGAACCAUAUACUUGCAAAUGCUGCCGGAGCCAUCGACGGCAUGGUCACAUCCCACAGGGCGUACAUAGACAAACCGGUUGCAGCUAGCACGAAACGGAUUGGCGUGACAAUGUUCGGAGUUACAACUCCAUGCGUCGACCUAAUCCGGCUUCACCUGGAGAGUAAAUAUAACUACGAGGUCUAUGUCUUCCAUGCUACAGGCGCCGGUGGCAGGGCCAUGGAGCGGCUCAUUCGAGAAGGGAAAAUCGAUGCCGUUGUCGAUGCGACUACGACGGAAAUCGCAGACGAGUUAUUUGGCGGCAUUCUUUCCGCUGGCCGUGACCGUCUGCGCGCAGCCGCCGAGGCUGGAAUCCCGCAGGUGGUCAGCGUAGGCGCCUGCGAUGUCAUCAAUUUUGGGCCGAGAAACACAGUUCCCGAAAAGUUCGCUACUCGCAAACUCCACGAGCACAACCCUACAGUCACCUUAGCCAGGACUAGCGAAACCGAAUGCGCUCAGAUUGGAGAAUUUAUUGCGACACAACUUCGCAACCACGUUGUCAAUCCAAAACUCGUCGAGGUCAUUCUGCCCACUGGGGGCCUUAGCCUCCUGUCGACCCCUCACGGUCCGUUCGAUGAUCCCAGCGCUGAUAAAGCUCUUUUGGACGCGUUGGAGUCCGGGCUAGAAUCAAGCGGUAUCAAAGUGUUAAAGAAUGAAAGAGACAUCAACAAUGGAGAAUUUGCUGUGUUGCUAGCUGAGUCCUUGGUCUCACUGAUUCGGGCGCAAUCCUAAUAUUAGUCUGAAGUAAAUGAGGGAUGUUGUAAUGCCUUCACGGUGCUAGUGUUUCCUUCCAAUUUCAGCUCUAAUACUUUUUUUUUUUUUUUUUUUUUUUUUUUUUUUUUUUUCUUCCCUAUAAUUCUCUUUUCCGGGAGGGCAUUUUCGGUUUAGUUAAUAUAUUCACCAUCUUAGGCGGCUCAUACCUUGUUUCCCAAUGAAUCCAGGCCUGAGAACAGACCAUAACUUGACAUUUUCAUGGCGCAUAAGGGAGAGAUACGGGGGGAAAUAUAGCAUUCCCUCGUAGAUAUUUGCAGUUCUGUAAUGAAAUUGCGUUGAAAACCGAAUGCUCAACCAAACACACGUGGUCUAGCCCGGAACAUCGACGGCCCGAAUGCUUGGCAGCAAAGCGGGAUAAUUCAG